UCCAACGACGACAGCUCCCCAUAACUUCUAUGUUGUGAUGAGGACCGUCACAAUGACCGAUCAGCUCAGAAACAAAAGUUCUGAAGUCUACAGAGAAACGGUGGCACAAGUUCAAGCUGUGCUGGAGCAAUAUCACUCAAACAGUCCGAAUAGCGACCAGUUCGAGCGCGUUGAAGUUAACGACAUCACCACUGUCAACGGCCAAGUCGUUGCAAACUACACUGCGUAUCUGCGGACUGCUAACGUUAACGAGGGGUUUGACCUGGAGAACAAUCUCAGGGAGUCCGAUACCCUGAACGUUGAGAACAGCCUUGGGAUAGAUUUCACCACGACAUGCUACGUUGGCGGCAGGGACCAACUUUGUCCAACAAGUACACCCGGGAGCGCCCUUCCAACUGGUAUCCUAGCUGGGAUAAUCGUUGGAGCGGCGUUGCUAGCUGCUCUAUGCUUCGCCUUGCUGUGUUGCCUUCGCCCCUUCUAUCCAGCGAGAUACCACUACGUCUACAGACCGCAGCGUUACUACCUUCGACCAAUACGACGGUACCUCCCGAUGCGACACGGUCCGCCGCUGAAAACCCAGGCCCACCCCUUCAGGAGGAUACACAGGCCGCCCCCUCCGUACCGGGAGACUCAGUCGACCACAUACUCCUCCGAUCUCUAUGAUACUAUCUCGGACAUUUCCUCGGUGGCAUCUACCACUAUACGACAACCAACUGAGACGCCAUCUGCACCGUCAUUAUCAUCAUCAAUUAUCAUUGCAAAACUACGUUAACUUUAUUCAGUCUCAAUUAUCAUGGAAACUUAUCUGUGUUGGUAGUAAUCAUAGUACAAUGCUAAACUUUCAUCCAACACAAAAGCACACACGGAUCAAAUGUUUCUGGUCGUUGAAAAUUUUGGUCCGUGUGUACUUUUGUGUUGGACGAAAGUUUAGCAUUGUACCAUUUAUUCAUUGUCACUUAUAAACAGGUAUUGAAGUGAUGAAUCUUACCUAUUUAUCUUUUAAUACGUCUUUAAAGAUACAUGUAUUUUUGAAAUUCCCUUACACGUACUGCAAUAUUGCUAAAUGUCGCUAGAGCGCUGAUUUUUUAUGUAGGUUGCAGAGUAUAUCGCAGUAUUAUAAUGUUAAGUCUUACACGUUCGAUUAGUAUCGUUUUGCCUUAUCUAUAACAUGAUAUAAUAUAAUAUAGUGUAGAUUUCGCACAAUGUGAUUAAGUAUUACUGUAGAGAAAUAAGAUUUUGUUAGCUGUGCCUAUACGUAAUGCAACAAUACUAAUGCAUAUAACCUAUGAUGAUAAUCUAAGUAUUCUACUACACA